UCCCGCACUUCCUCGGGACCACGGACGGCCGCUGCCGCCAAGCUCAGCGCCUUGGUAUCUGACCAUUUUUGUCGCCAUGCUGGGGGUCUUGGGACUGCUGCUGCUCUUGGCCUGGCGGGUCCAAGGCAGGAGCGCCUUGCUGGACUGGAACCCGACGGUCUUGCCGUCCGCCCCUCUGCCAUCGUUCCCCAAAUCGGCGCCCUCCGGAGAUUGGACGUCGGAGCUCGGCAGGCGCCGGACCAAGAGGUCGGUUUUCCUGCAUUCUGGUGUGAGGAUUUGCCCUCAGGAGAGCGUGGGAGAGGUUCUGGCCAGUCACCGGGCGUACUACCAGCUCCGAGUGUGCCAGGAGGCCGUGUGGGAGGCUUACAGGAUCUUCUUAGACCGGAUUCCCGGGACCGGCGAAUAUCAGCGAUGGGUUCAGACGUGUCAGCGCGAGUCGCUCCGCAUCUCCGACAUAGCCAGAAAUUUCAGCGACUCUGAGGAGCACCUGGAUAUGAUCCACUGGAGGAUGAAGCGCCUCCGGAACGAGAGGCCGCCAUCACGAGGUUUUCCGACUCCCGGUCCCGUCGCUCCCGAAACACCAGUUCCAGAGGUUGUGACCGUCGCAGUCCUCCUUAGUCAGUCCACUUCUUCGCCGGGCUCCGUCCCUGAUCAGCAGUCCACGGAGGUGGUCGAGACGGACUCGGACAUUCCUAACGUCGUCCCCGAGAGUCCGGCGGAGCAGAAGGUGGAGUUCAGCAUUGAUCUGGUGGAUCCGGGCUAUCGAGAACUGUUAGACGACCCGGACUCUCCCCAGUACGUGGACCUGGCUCACCACCUGCGGGACCAGAUGCAGCAUGUUUUCGACAAACUUCCAGGAUUUAUAAGCAUCCGGGUACAGCGGAUCAGCGAGACGCAGGACGCUGACAGUGCCGGCGGAAUCACGGUCCACUACUCCCUGGUUUUUGAAAGCGAGGCAGCGUCGGCGGUGGCUGACGCGGCUCCGACGGCGGCGGCGCUCGCAGAGUCGAAAUUGAAGGAGAUGGUGAGAAAAGCGCUGCGCGAGGAGGCGUCCCUUCCGGUCGAUCUGGAAUCCUUGACGUUUGACCCUGAAGAGAUCCUACGGUCACCGACAGAGGCCUCCUCCCUGGAAGCUGGCACGGAGGCCGGCCAACCCGACUCCCACAAUGAAUUUGAAGUGUUCAUAGACGACCCCGAGGUGGAGAAAGUUCACGCGGUGUUGCCCCUGCCUCCCUCGGAGAAGGAGAACGCGCUGGUGACACUAUUGGAUCCCUCCGACGAGGACGAGCAGGACCUGAGGUUUGAACCGGAUGGACUGGAGUCAUCCAGUGAAGAAGAAGAGUUGAUCAUUUCCCAUAAAAUCGAGACCUUCCAUCACACUGAAACUGGAGAACUCGUCCGGGACUACGCACAGAGUUCUUCGACGGUAUCUGAACUGGACGAGCACAUUUCAAUGACUCCGUCUCCCGCUGACGACAGGGAACUUUUGGACCAGAUGUCUCCCGAGCCCACAGACAUCUCCACAAAACCUGGUUCUCUCACAGACUCUGAGGUUAACGCCCCUACGGAGGACAGUUUAGUAGUAGAGGCCGACUUCACGACACCGUUGAGGGAGUUAGAAACAGAGCUUUCUCAAGAGGUAUUAGAGCAGACAACUGACGCUUACGAAAGUGUCGAUACACCCGAUGAAGAAAUAGCGGGAGAAGGAGAAGAUGCGCUGGCGGUUACCGAACUGGCAGACUCAACGGAGGACAUUUUCCCGCCUCAGGGCUUGGAACUAGAAGAAAAUCCUGGACCCGUGCUUGAACAAAACACAAAGACAGGAGAGACACAGGAUGAUACGGAAAGCCUUUCUGAAGCAGAUCAAGAACAUGAAAACACUGUACUUGAAGACUUAGAAGAAACAAAACCUACUCUUCUUGAAGAACCAUUGAUUGUUAUUUCAGAGGAUAAUGUAUUUGAUGUUCCAGAAGAAGAACAAAACGUUCCCGCAGAAACAAUUCCAGAAGAACUCUUGCCAGAACUUGUCGAGGAAACGAAUGUUCAAGAGGAAACGUUACCAGGUAUUUCAGUGGAGGACGUGGAAACCACAGAUGUUUCAUGGGAACUUUCCACGACAACGGUCGCUACUCCAAAACCAGAUGAAGAAGAGCUUGUUGGGAUUUCAAAGGAUUCAUUCAUAGAUUCAGAGGAAGAACUUGUUGAAGCUCCUCCGACAGAAACAGAGACUCACGUAGGGGAGGAGAAUCCAACCGGAAACCAGGAAGUCACCGAAUCGCAAACACCUGCGGCGGGAGUAUGGGAACACAGUGAAGGGGCGCUAGCAGAAACCGAAGAGAAGACGGGAGAUGUUUCCCGGUCAGAGGGAGAAGAAGAAAUCGAAUCGGAGGGUGUGCCAGAAACAAAUGGAGACGUUCCGCUUGAUGCUGCAGAACCAGAAGAACAAGCAAUUGAUAUUCACCGACCAAACGCAGAGGAUACACUGGAGACCAUACAACCACCUCUGGAGCACAGCGGCACCGUUUCACCGCAAGCCGAGUCCAUUAAGAUUUUAGUCCCGUUUGAUGCGGAAGAGGGAGGAAAUACCGCAGAGGUCCUUCAACCUGUUGAACCGGGUUUUGGACCUCCAGAGGAAGAAGAAAAUACCGCUGAGGUCCUUCAACCUUUUGAACCGGUUCUCGGACCUCCGGAGGAAGAAGAAGAAAAUACCGCUGAGGUCCUUCAACCUGUUGAACCGGGUUUUGGACCUCCAGAGGAAGAAGAAAAUACCGCUGUAGUCCUUCAGCCUUUUGAACCGGUUCUCGGACCUCCGGAGGAAGAAGAAGAAAAUACCGCUGAGGUCCUUCAACCUGUUGAACCAGUUCUCAGACCUCCAGAGGAAGAAGAACAUACCGCUGAGGUCCUUCAACCUUUUGAACCAGUUCUCGGACCUCCGGAGGAAGAUGGUUCGCCCCUUAUCACGGUAUCAGAAGAUCCCAGUUAUCCCAUCGUUGAAAAUUUGCCCUCUCAGGAGGAGGAGGAGGAGGAGCGGCACAUCAAUGGUCCAGAAUUUACCGAGUCAGAAGAAGACGCCGCUCCUCCGGAUGAGGCCGGCAAAGCAGAUUCCACUGUCCAAAGCGAAGACGGUGAGAGGGGGACCCCGACGACUUCGGCGGCCGCCGGCCCGACUGUAGACUCGGGACUUUUCCAGGUGGCGGAACCUCGCGAGCAAAGCGCGACGUCAGUCGUCAUCAUCGAAGAGGAAAUGAAAGAGGAAUUAUGGACAAGUGAACCGGUUGUCGGCGAGCCGGUCAGAGACUUGGCGGAGGAGCUGGACGGGAUCCGCCCGCUAAACGCCGACCCGUCGGAAGACGGGAGCGGCUUUUGGGUGUCGGAAAGUGUCACCGUCCCGCCCGCCGUGACGUACCUGACCACGCCCGACAUGACCACGGCCGUCCAGGGCCGGGAGCUGGUGGUCUUCUUUAGCCUGCGCGUCACCAACUUUGACUUUUCGGAGGAUCUCUUCAACAAGACGUCGCCCGAGUACAAGUCCUUGGAGAACACCUUCCUUAAUGUGCUGCUGCCGUACUUGCAGGCCAACCUGACGGGCUUCCGCAACUUGGAGAUCCUCAACUUCCGAAAAGGCAGCGUGGUGGUGAACAGCAGGAUGAAGUUGGCCAAGUCGGUGCCGUACAACAUCACCGAGGCGGUCCAGUGCGUCCUGCGUGAUUUCUGCUCCACGGCCGCCGCGCACCUGCACAUCGAUAUCGACAGCCGCUCGCUGGACGUCGAGCCAGCGGAUCGCGCCGACCCCUGCAAGUUUCUGAGCUGCGGAAGCGGUUCCCGUUGCGUCCUGGAGCCCGGCGGCUCGGCGCGGUGCCGAUGCGAGCCCGGCUUCCUUUCUGUCGAGGGUCUACCGUGCCGGAGCGUCUGCGAGCUGGAGCCCAGACGAUGCGACGGCGAGUGUCGGGUGGAACCCGGACGAGGUGCCGUCUGCAGGACGAGAGGCGGCGAGCGCCAGCUGGCGGCCUGAAAGCGAGUGCGAGCCCUGAACCCGUGACAGCAGGUGAUUUUCACGCCUGCCCUGUUCUCCAGUAACGUCGGUCGGCAUCUCAGCAAUUCAAGAUGGAACCUUGUAUCCCUCACAGACUCCCGGACCGGCGGUUUGGUCGUUCAGAUUGUUCACGGGGACUCUCAACCCUCGUCUCUCCGUCCCCACCCAAAUGGACGAUUGUGAAAAUGUCGCUAUAAAGAAAAGCGCUAGUCGGGCACCCGCCUUCUUCAUCCCAGACGCAAAAAUGAGGACGUGACGCUUUGUAGUCUUGCUGCUUUUUGGCAGUUGUAUUUCAAGUUUUCCAUUUGACAAAACUAAAUGUGUCCAUCUUUUAGUCUUCUUGCUUUGCUCUGUGUUCAAAGAGAACACUUGCUCACAAUUCAAAGACACGACUUGAUGCAACCUCGCCAGCUUAUGUUAACAGCGCUAGGCGUCUCGAAUUUUGACUUGCCACGCCCAGUCAAGUAGGACUGGACAUCUAGCGUUCAAAUGGACUUGAUAUCUGUCCACUGCAGAGUUAUUGACAUGUUGAAAGACAGUCGACAAGAAUGACUUUUUCACAGGAUCCAUCAAAAACAGGCAAAAACUUGUAUUUUUGGGCAGAAGGGAAAAAGGACAGACACAAAAAAACAUUCCCGGAUGUCGUUUAGACGGAAACGGCGUUUUGGGGGGCUGAAAAGGCAAAAAUCUGAAAACGUUAAUGAUUGAAAUUUGAGUCUGGACGAGUGGGUCUUAACCUGGGUUCUAUCAAACCCCAGGGGUUCGAGGAGUAAGUCUAAGGGGUUCAGCAAAGGUAAAGAAAUGCAGAGCCCUGUUUUGAGAGACAUAGAGAACCAAAAGUGGUAUUUACCAUGUGGCCAAAAAACUUUUGCCAUGUGCCAUUUUUUUUUUGCCAUGUGCCAAAAUGGAUUUUGAUUUUGGAAAAUUUGGACGUGCAUAGCUGUCAGUGGCAUAGCCUGACUUGGUUGCCAGUUGAAUAUCAAUGCGCUGUAAUGUAAAGUGUAUGGUCAAAAAUCACAGCCACACGUGUUUUUCUGCCAUUUAAAAUGAAUGGAAAAUUUGGACGUGGUGGAAAAGCGCUAUAUAAGUAUAACACCAUUUACCAUAGUCGUCAAAGGCAUGACCUUUAAUACCUUCAAAACUGCCAUAUACCACCAAAAGUGCCACAUACCCCCCCAUCAAAAUGCAACAAAGCAAAAUCCAUUUUGCCACAUACCCCCCCAAAAAAUGCCACGUACCCCCCCCAAAAUGAAA